AUGAAAUUUAUCAAAAGUCUGUGUGCUGCGUCCCUAACAGCGCUGUCGGUUGCGCAGGCCGGAUGUGUCAUGAGCGGUGGUAACUACUACUGUUCAGAGACCGAUGCUGUGGUUUUUUCGAAUGUCGGUUACUCCGGUUCGUAUAAGGAUGUGACUUCCAUGGACGAAAGCAGCGGGGUCUGUCUUCAGGAUACCGUUUCAUUCUCAGGGUCCUUAGCCCCUCUGGAUGAGGAGUUGUCGGUUCACUUCAGAGGUCCUUUGAGACUGCUGCAAUUUGGUGUCUACUAUCCAUCCGGUGGCAGCUCCUUGGGCAAGAGAGAUAACCAGGUGCAGGAGGAGCCUUGUGAGGAGACUGUGCAAAGCCAUAAACAUAAGAGAGAAGUCGCUGUCGAAUACGUGCAAGUGACUUCCACCGUCUAUGUUAACAACAAAGGUCAGCCUGUGACAUCGUCUGUGGCGCAACAGGAGGCCCCAGGUAAUCCCGCUACGGACGUGGUAUCUUCUUACACCUUUGUCAACACGAUUGUUACCCCAUCCACAAGUGCCACUCCAUCCACUGGUACAUCUGCAACCACCGUCCUAACCGGCGGACGCGCCGGUAGCAGCUCACCAGAGCCCGCGUCCUCCUCCUCCAUUGUUUCCCUAUCUUCAUCUACCAAAUCUUCCGCUUCGGCAUCGAGCACCAGCGGUUCCAGCACUUCCGGCGCUUGGGUCAGAAGUUCCUAUUUCCAACCCGGCUCCGCGUCAAACUGUGUGUUCAUGAACCACCAAGGCGGUUCCGCAGGCUCCGGGGUCUGGUCCGCAGCGUUCGGUAACUCCAUCUGUUACGCUUCCUCUGACGGUGUCAGCGGUGCCAGUUCCGCACAGGCGCUAGGAGACGUUACCAUCAAAUCCGGUCAAGAAUAUAUGAUCUUCUCUGGCUCCCAAUGCAGUGGUAACGACUGUGGCUACUACAGAAAGAAUAUUCCUGCAUACCACGGGUUUGGCGGUGAGAACAAGAUCUUUGUCUUUGAGUUUUCCAUGCCUUACGACACCGCCGGCAGUGGGUACAACCAGGACAUGCCUGCAAUCUGGUUCUUGAACGCCAAGAUCCCACGUACCUUGCAAUACGGCAAAUCUGAAUGUUCCUGCUGGAAGACCGGCUGUGGCGAAUUCGAUCUGUUCGAAAUCUUGUCUCCAGGCUCAGACAAACUGAUCACACACGUUCACGAUGGUCAGGGUAGUGAUGGUACCUCAACUGGCGGCGGCGGUACGCAGGACUACUUCCAAAGGCCUACCAGCGGCACCAUGAAGGCCGCUGUGAUCUUCAACGGUUCCGAUAAGACCAUUCACAUCGUCAAGGUCGACGAUGACUUCGACGCUCAGCUGUCCAGCGACGUGGUUAACUCUUGGUUACAAAAGUCAGGCUCCACCGCUGCCUUGGCUUAA